AUGUUAUUUAAGAGACUUUUGGCGACAGCUGCAAAGAGUGUGCAGGGACCUGUAUUGCAAGAUGUGGUGAUAAUUGGGGGCGGGCCUGCCGGGUUGUCCCUUCUUGCAGCAUUGAAGAGUUCAUCGAUCACUAGAAAUUUAAAAUGUACGCUCGUUGAAGGUUCAAGUUUAGAAGGUAUCAGAGAAUUUGCAGAUUCUCCGCCUGAAGAGUAUACAAACCGGGUAGUAUCGUUGACGCCAAAAUCUGUAGAGUUUAUGCAAUCCAAGAUCGGGAAUUGGGAGUUCAUGAAUCAAGAUCGAAUCAAAUUCUAUAAUAAUAUAAUUGCAUAUGACUCUCAAGACAGAACCUCGAGAAUUGUGUUUGAUGGGAGCGCAAUUGAGGCUGGGUUUUUAGCAGUAAUGGCUGAAAAUGUUAAUAUUCAAUCCUCAUUGUUACAAAGGAUCAGUCAGUUGAAAGAGGAAGGCGUUGAUUCUACCAUAUUGGACAAUACCAAGGUGCUCAGUAUAGGAAGUGCACUAAAAGAAGCGGAAGCCGCUUCUGAAAGUACUAACAUUAUGUCGGAGAACGUUGCUACAGCUUCCGACUGGCCCAUUGUCAACCUUUCAGACGGCUCUUCCAUUCAAACAAGACUUCUCGUUGGAGCUGACGGAUUCAACUCCCCAGUGAGAAAGUACGCAGGCAUUCAGUCCAGAGGAUGGGCCUAUGAUAGGUUUGGAGUGGUUGCUACGGUUAAAUUACAAUAUGAAGACUAUAGGUCUAUAGGUUGGCAAAGAUUCUUAACUACAGGUCCAUUGGCUAUUUUACCUCUCACUGAAGAUAAUGCUACCAUUGUCUGGUCCUCUACUCCUGAACUAUCCGAAAUUUUGAUCGCUUGCGAUGAACAGAUAUUCCCCGAGCUAGUAAAUGCUGCUAUGACCUUGGACGAAGUCAGUUUAAACUUCAUAUAUGCCAAAUUGAAGAAGAAUCCCAAUGACUUCUCGGUCUUGGAUGAUAUCCCAUGGCGUCAGUCUAGGCUAAAGGUCAACGAUUUGGAGGAAAACUACCCCCUACCAGUUACUGAAGUGGUCCCUGGAUCUAGGGCAAGAUUUCCAUUAAAAUUGCUGCACGCAGAUACUUACACAAGUGCUAGAAUUGCCCUUGUCGGUGAUGCUGCCCACACUGUGCAUCCAUUGGCAGGACAAGGGCUAAACAUGGGACAAGGUGACGUGCAAGCAUUGGUCGAGGCAAUUGAGAAGGGUGUUACCAGGGGUAUGGAUAUUGGUUCAACUUUGGUGUUAGAACCUUACACAAGUAACCAGUGGCCCGGAAACCACGUACUCAUGGGAGUCUGUGACAAAUUGCAUAAAAUAUUCUCCACCGACUGGUAUCCAAUAGUAUUUUUGAGAGGAUUUGGAAUGAAAAAUUUGAACAUGCUUGACUUUGUCAAGGACAUGAUGAUCAAGAAUAUUAGUGGGAGAUAA